AGAUACAAAGAUACAGUUGAGUGCGAGCGCACGGUAGUAUGGACAGUAAGAGGAGGGUAUUGGGUGAGCACGUUCCGUUGUGCUGCCCCUUCCUCUCAAUACCUCGAGCUCCUAGAGAAGAUACUCAGCUCCGAUCAAGCGGCUGCCAAUACUCCCUCCACUGCUGGUACAGGCCCUAGUGGAAGAGUACCAAUGAGACGUAAAACCCGAGGACAAGAUACCCUCGCACUUGAAACACUCAAAGGAAAAGGAAGUAUUGUGGAGUCGGUGGAUCUUAGUAAGAGUGAGAUUAGGAGACAAAAGAAAGAGAAGAGGAGGAGGGAGUGGGAGGAGUUUAAUCAAACGAAGCCAGGGGCUGGUUAUGAGGACCCAGAAGAGGUUUCAGCUAUUAGUAAAGCAAAGUCAGAAAUGGGCGAUUAUAAGCUUAAGACAUCGAGCGAUUACGUUGUGUCCGAUCAACAGAGAAUGUCCACUGAGAAGAAGAGAAGGGAACUACUGAUAUGCAGAAACAAUAUUUUUGAUGCUAAACGUAAAUACAAUGAUAAACUGAUGGCCCUCAGAGACUAUAAGAUUGAAAUGAUUAAAAAGAUUACGUUGCUAGUUAAUGAACUGAAAAGUGCUCAACGUCAUUUGCCUCCCUCUCUUCGUAAACCUCUUCCAACCAUUCCAACACUUAAACCUGAAGAAGUCCCUGAAAGGGAGUUGGAGUAUACGAAAGAGACUUUGAUAAAGUUUCGAGAUGAUAAGGAGAAGAGAGAGAAAGCUGAGAAGGAUGCAGCUGCUGGCGUGGGCGAAGGAUUUGGUGGAUUUGGAGGAUUUGGUGGAGGAGGAGGAGAAGAUAAAAAGACUGAAGAGAAAGAUUCAUCUCCCAGUUCUGGUACUAGCAGCAGUCACAGCAUUGGAACGAAAGGAGGAGGAGAGGGAGAGGAGGGCAAAGGAAAAGACGAUGACUACAAGUUGUCUGAUCUUGAAGCCCUAAUGUCCAGUGAAGAGGAAGUGCUCAAGAUUUACAGGCAGGACUCAUUGCUGGCUGAUAUUGAGGAGCUAGUGAAGUCUUUUGAUGACACUGUGGUCCACCUGAGGCAUGAGAAAUCACUCCUUGAUGUAGUGAUGAAACUAACUGAACUGAAGCAUUUGACUCAGUUUGAGGAGCUAGAGCUUUUGAAAGAGUUUGAGAAAAGAGAGACAAACUUUACAACGAAAUACAGGACAAAGAAGAAGGAGAGGGGAGACCUAGAAGUGAAGAUUGAAGAGAUUGAGUGGGAAGUCCAAGAGAAAGAGAAGCUGGUCUCAGUGCUACAGGAGCAGGAGAAAGCUCUUGAUCACGAGUUUAUGGAGGCCAUGGGAGAGAAUAACAAAUUCAAGGACUUCCUAUUGAAGGUUUAUCGGAAGAAAAUUAAACGUGCUAAGCAGAAACAAGGAGAAACAGAGGGUAAGAAUAAAGAGAUUAAUAAUACAUGGAGUCUGUUUGAGCCAGAAGAGAAAGCAAAGCUUGUUGAUAUUGUUAGCAUUCAGAGUCGUGAGAUAGAGGCACUGAGAGAAGAAAUAAGAGUAUUAUCACUUAAAGGAGGUCACAUCCUACCACCAGCUCAACCACCAAACAUGCUAGCUGGAUCAUUAUAG